AUGACAUCUCAAAUGUGUUUUGUCACUCUGAUUUAUCAAUAUCAACUAUUUACUGUCUUUAUUUUAGAUAUGAUGGAAGUGAAAGAGGAGAGUCAGGCUGAAGUAGAUGAGAAACAUCAGAUUGUAAAAAUAAACCAGAAUGUUUCACAGAAAGAAACUCUGAAGACAGAAGACAUAAAGUGUGAAAAUAGUUUCAGAGAAGAUGAACGCCCUGAAGAUCACAAGAGAACUCGCAGUGAGAAGAAACCUUACACUUGUCAACAAUGUGGAAAGAGUUUCAGAACAAAAGAUUACCUUAAAGCACACAUGAGGAUUCACACUGGAGAAAAACGACACGUGUGCCAUCAGUGUGGAAAGAGGUUUAUAAAUGCAGGUGACCUUAAGAAACAUUUGAGGACUCACACUGGAGAGAAACCUUACACAUGUCAUCUGUGUGGAAAGAGUUUCUCUAUUGAAAGUUACCUUAAAAUACAUGCAAGAGUUCACACUGGAGAGAAACCUUACACUUGUCAACAAUGUGGAAAGAGUUUCUCUGUUGAAAGUAACCUUAAGGUACACGCGAGGAUUCACACUGGAGAGAAACCUUACACUUGUCAUCAAUGUGGAAAGAGUUUCUCUGUUGAAAGUACCCUUACGAUACAUGCAAGAAUUCACACUGGAGAGAAACUAUUUGUGUGCCAAGAGUGUGGAAAGAGUUUUAUAACUGCAGCUGAACUUAAGGUACACAUGCGGUCUCACACCGGAGAGAAACCACAUCUGUGCCAUCACUGUGAAAAGAGUUUUAUAACUGCAGGUAAACUUAAGAGACACAUGAUGACUCACACUGGAGAGAAACCUUACACUUGUCCUCAGUGUGGAAAGAGUUUCUCUGCUGAAAGUUACCUUAAAAUACAUGCAAGAAUUCACACUGGAGAGAAACCUUACAGAUGCCAUGAGUGUGAAAAAUGUUUCAGAAGCAAAAGUAACCUGAUAACACACAUGAAAGUUCACAAAGCAGAGAAGCCUCACGUGUGUCUUCAGUGUGGAAAGUGUUUCAGUAUGAAGCGUCAUCUUAAGAGACACAUGAUAACUCACAGUGAAAAGAAACCUCACGCAUGUCUUCAGUGUGAAAAGAGUUUCAUAGAUAAACGUGGACUUGAGACUCACAUGAGAAGACACACUGGAGAGAAACCUUACAUAUGCUAUCAGUGUGAAAAAAGUUAUAUAAGUGAAAACAAUCUUAAGAUACACAUGAAAGUUCACACUGAAGGAAAACCAUUCACUUGUCAACACUGUGAAAAGGGUUUUACAAUGAAAGCUCACCUUAAUGCACAUGUGAGAAUUCACACUGGAGAGAAACCAUUCACUUGUCAACACUGUGGAAAGAGUUUUACAGUAAAGGGUGCCCUUAACACACACAUGAGAAUCCACACUCGAUAGAAACCAUUCAUGUGUCAACAGUGUGGAUAUGACAACAAAGCUUAGAAAUCAGCUGGGGUCUUAAUAAAACUGUGCGUAGGAUCCUUACUAAACGUCUACAUGCGCACAAAUUCCCAAGAUGUCUGUACUUGUGUUCUUGUAGACUUGUAAAAUCUGUAGUCGCAGCCCCAAUACUGCUCCAAUUCCAACUUUGCAUCGUGCCAAGUUCAAAUAACAUGCCCAGAUGUGUUCUUGAUCUGCUCAUUUUAUCGAGGAUGCAUCAGGAGGUGACUUGUGUGGACUUAUGAUAGCCAAGUUUCCCAGAAUGCAUUUUGCGUCAGCGGCAAUGAAGCUUAAAACCUUCAAAAUGUUUGAAAUAUUACUCCUUUUUUUUUUGUGUCAUAAAAUUUAGCUGUUUAGUCAAGAAUAUGGAUGAAUUAACUUUAAAUGUGUGGUCAGUUAUUAAAUAUUGUGCCUAUAUUAAAAGAUUUGGAUAUUUGAGAUCAAGGUGAUUAUCAGGCAGUCAGCGCUGUGUACACCGCCGAGGGCAGCCUUAUUUUGUCAAGUCCUUCUAAAAUGUGCCACUAGCUCAGUGCAGCGGCUCUGCCCUUCAGUGUCUGAUGAUCAAACAUGAAAUAUUCCCUUUGGAUAUAUCUAACUGGCAUUUUUUAGUCUCAGUUUAUUUCUCUUAAUUAUUCAUAUUAAGUCUGUUAUUUGUUAUUAUCAUUUUAACUGAUGUACAUUUUCAUAACUUAAAUCACAUAUAUUUUCUAUAGAAUCUUAACAAUGAAUUACUGCCUUUGUACUUGAACUAGAUUUUUUCUUGUGUUAACUUCAUGUUGUGCAAAAGUUUUGUACUUUUAAAAUGAAUGGUUGUGUUUUAUAUCAUAUUUUAUUUUUUAAUAAAGAACAUUAAAGCUAACCAGCGUAUGCACCAUAGAUUGUAAAAAAAGAUCCAUGUAGUAUCCGUGACGCCGUCACCCAUAG